CGACUUGUUAAUUACCCCAGUAAAUAACUGAUUAAAAAUAAUUAAAACCUCGUAAUCUCUCGCUAAUUGAUAAAAAAAUUACCCCUGCAAAAUAAUAAUGAAAUAAAUUUUAAAAAAUCCUUAAGAAAUAUUAAAAAAAUCCAAACAUGCGCAUAAAUUCUGCGCAUCAGUAAACGCACGCCGGAAUCGAUCGAUUGUUUUCGUCGUCCAUAAAAAUAAAAUCACGUUUCCUUGGCGAUGUGGAUUAUGUUUAACCUGGCAAUUUAUUUCAUACUAAUAAAUAAAUAAAUAUAAUUGUUUUAGUAUUAGUGCCAGUGGUAAUUCAGUAGUGGGAAGGAGUCCGCCGGAAGGAACGACGACAGCUCCACCGAUAUUCCUUUAUUUCAUUCGUUCGUUACAUUACUUCACUUACUAUAUACAACAUAUAUAUCUGAUAGUAUAUUAUACAUAUACGUGGGUUAGGAUCUAGUGAAAUAAAAUUAAACAACCAAGUGAACCAGUGGAGUGAACAACAUCAGCAUAGCAGUCAAACGGUGUUUGGUGUACUAGCAAGUUGCGUUAGUGGUUUUUUUUUAGAAAUAAAAAAAAAAAAGUUAACCGGUGUCUCUUGACAGUCAUUGUUAACUGAAAGAGGCCCGAGGAUGGCGGACACAAGUCAGCAUGAGCUCUCAGAGCCUCACACAAAUGGAGCAAUAGACGGUCUUACAGAGGAAGAAAAAAGUAAAAUGAGACCAGCGGAUAUUGAUGCUGAUAUGCGAGAAAUGGAGAGAAGGAAGCGCGUAGAAAUAAUAAUGAACUCAAAGAUGUUCAAAGAAGAACUAGAGCGUAUUAUUGAGACACAAUUGAAAGACGGUUCUGGACCUUCUGGAUUAUUACAACAGAUAUCGGAUAUGAUGGGUGCACAGGGUGCUCGCUUUAACGCCAAUGUGUUCAAAAAUUCGAGUUGCGUGGUGCCUAUCAAUGACAUCCGCGGUGUCGAAGCCAAGGGUUACGAACGCGGUGAAAAAUUAUUGCGCUGCAAACUAGCAGCAGUAUUCAGAUUACUGGAUCUAUACGGAUGGACACAGGGUGUAGGUGGACAAAUAACCGCACGUCUGAAUGCCGACGAAGAGCAUUUUUUAGUUAACCCAUUCGGUUUACUCUAUCACGAGGUAACGGCAUCGUCAUUAGUUAAAGUUGAUAUGCAAGGCCAGGUAGUCGAGCAGGGUACGACUAAUUUUGGUGUACAUGUUGCUGAAUUUCAAUUGCACUCGACAAUCCACGCAGCACGUCCAGAUAUUAAAUGUAUUAUACAUAUAACAACGCCAACAGUAACAGCAGUGUCUUCCUUAAAAACCGGCCUCUUACCAAUCGGCCCCGAGAGCAUUGUCAUCGGCGAUGUCUCAACUCAUCAGUAUAUCGGCGACAUUCUUGAACCGGAAGAACGUGAAAAAAUAACCCGCAAUUUGGGCCCUAUUAAUAAAGUUAUGCUGCUGACUAAUCGCGGUGCUGUGUGUUGCGGUGAUACUAUCGAAGAAGCGUUUUAUAAUGUCUAUAAUACUGUGCUAGCAUGUGAAACCCAACUAAAAUUAAUGCCUAUGGGUUUGGAAAAUUUAAAUUUACUGUCAGAGGAGUCGAGAAAGUCCAUUUACGAGGCCUCGAGAAAACCACCGAUACCACAUAUGAUAUCCAGUGUCAUUGAACCCUCGCCGUUGGCUGAAAAACUUGAAAAACGGUGGAGAAUUGGCGGCACUGAGUUCGAAGCACUUAUGAGGAUGCUUGAUAAUGCUGGUUUCCGUACCGGUUAUAUUUACCGGCAUCCAUUAAUUAAGAGCGAGCCACCUAGGCCACGAAAUGAUGUCGAAGUACCACCAGCAGUUUCUUCUCUUGGAUAUUUAUUUGAAGAAGAAGAACUUUAUAAACAAGGAUUAUGGAAGGGAGGACGUAAAGGUGCUGACAGAUCACGCUGGUUAAAUUCACCGAACGUUUAUCAAAAAGUGGAAAUACUCGAGACCGGAACUCCAGAUCCGAAAAAAAUAACAAAGUGGGUGGAUCAAAACGCAGAGGAGUGGGUGUCUGAUGGAUCACCAACACACAGUAGCAGUACACCAGUAAGGAUUGAAAGUGCUUUACAAUUUGUACCCAAGAAUACUAAUCCAAAGGAAUUUAAACAGCUGCAACAACAGAUAAAAGAUUAUCGUAGAGCAGAUAAAAUAUCAGCAGGACCACAAUCACAUAUUUUGGAAGGUGUCUCGUGGGAAGAGGCAAAAAAAAUGCAGGAUGCAACAAUAAGUGGUACUGGUGAACAAGUAGUACUCGUAGGUGCAGCAAGUAAAGGUAUUAUACAACGUAAUUUCCAACACAAUGCCAUGGUAUACAAAACUCCAUACGCUAAAAAUCCAUUCGACGCCGUCACUGAUCAAGAACUUGAUCAGUAUAAAAAAGAAGUUGAACGUAAGACUAAAGGAGACAUAUAUGAUGAAUCACAAUCUGAAUCCGAAGCAUUAUCGUCAUUUAAUAUCAGUAGAGCGACUCAUGAAUCAAGCACUGCCAAAUCACCAAUUCAAUCACCUAUUUCUGUUACUUCUGAAACUGAAGAAGAAAGUCGAGACGAACCACGUGUACUGCGGAUAGAAACGAAGCGUGUACCCAAGCCAAGUCAGGCUGAAGUUGUAUUAAGUGAUGGAAAAAUGCAUGAGCAUGAAAAUGAUGCGGAUAAAUCCAACUCCAGCAAGGUGACGGUAUCGAAUUCUCAAAUAAAAUCUGUCACUACACAAUCUCAUACCGUUCCUUUAAAUCAGCAAAAGAUUGAAGUCGACGCAACGACUGAAUUUUUAAACCAGAUGCGCCGUUCAGCAAUUGAACCCAUGAACAAUCGCAAUAAACGAGAUUAUGACGAAGCGACGAGCAAUGAUGAGGGUAGCGAGGAGAUUCCAGUCGGCAAGUACGGUCAUUGGUGUCUUAGUUCACACGAAGAAUUACAUCUCGAGAGGACUAAAAUACUAACAUUAACUCCAUUAAUAUCAUUAAAACAAUCGAAGUCAUUAAAUAAUUUAAAUCGAGCCGCGUCUCCAACAUUUAAAGAAAAAUCAAACUAUUUCAAUUUAAAAUCCCGUAUUAAAUCUUACCGCCGUCGUAUAUUUUUCGAUGAAUACGAUAAAAUUUACGCGCAAUAUAAAAAUUCAAAUUUAACAUCAAAUAAUUUUAAUCUAAAUGAUAUUGAUAAAAGUCAGGGGUUAGUUAAGCAACUUGUCGCUAAAUACUCGAAUCCGUCAUUAUUUGACUUCAAUAUUUAUAACAAUAACAACAAUAAUAUAUCAACAAAAACACGAAAACGUUCUUAUCUAUCGUCGGUAACUUCAACCUGCUCGGUAUGCAAAAUUCCCCGGCUGUCAUUGCCGACGUCAUUGAAACUGCAUGACCUGCAGAGUCCCCGUCUCGUUGAAGCUGUGAUGAGACAGGAAGUCCGUAAAACACAGAGUGAAACUUCUUCACCGACAGAGAGUCAUUUACUGUCAUGUGAACUGCGUUCUUUACCGACUGAUCCACAGUUGAGUCCCAUAAAUAUGUCAUUGUUUCAUCACUAUGGUGAACUGAAGUACGAAAAUACGCCACUGAAAGACGUACAGGUUAGUCAGACGCUUUUACCGACAGCUGGUAACUUUGAAUUUGUUAACACGGAUGCUAUUAAAAGCGAGCCUGACGUUAAUGGUAACGUUAAUCCGCAGUGUAUGGUUUCUUCCGGAGAAAAAAUUAAUUCCGAUCAGGAAGUGAGCUCUGAAGAUAUCGCAAGCAUGCAGACGGUAAUUGAAAAUAAGAAUGAUGAUAAAACAGAGGCCCAGGCUGAAGUAGACUCGAUAUCUCCGGAAUUGAUUGAUAACUUGGAGUGGUUAAAUGAACCCUUGGAUACUCUAGAGUCAUCAUUUGCUAAAGAGCUGAAUGACAGUCAGCCAUGGAGAUUUUCUUCGCCACUUGCCAGUGGGAAGAAAUCAUACCAGCGGGAAGACAGCAUGACUGAAGUCAUUGAUAGCAUUAAUAUUAAUUUAACUCCGUCAAAAACGAUCCGUUCGUUGGAUUAUCGUCUGCCGGAUACUGAUGUGUCGAUAAAAUAUAAUUUAAAUUCAACGCACAUGAGUAUGAUUUAUAGUUUGACUCCCACGACUGAAAUUGAUGAUGGGGAAGAAGGUAAUGAGCAUAUUAAUUGCGGCAAAGCAUGUCCGCAGUGUUUAAUACUUGGUCCGAUGGGAAGUUUGUCGCCUACUGAUCAUGAUUCUUUUUAUAUUUGGGAUGAGCCUAUUGUUGAAGAUAAUAAAGGAGAAGAAGAAGAAGAAAGUAAAGAGAAUGUGAUUGACUUGAAUAAGACUAUUGAUUUGUUUGAUAAUUCUAUUGAAAUUGAAAGUAAUGCUUCUGCUACGGACUUGGAACUUCCGGUUAAAGCCGAAGUUGAAGAAGAUGAUGGGGAAUUUCAUAAAGAUAUUGAAAUUACAGUUAAUGAAAUCAUUGAGGGAUUGGGAGAAAGAGAGGCUUUAAUAAAAGCUACUGAUUUAGUUGAUGACGUACUGAACUUUGCUUGUAAAAAUGUCGGUGCUGUUAUUGGUAAUCUUGAGACCAGUGGAAUUCCAGGUCACGAAGAACUAACCGUCGGUAACGUAGAGCAUAAUGAAGCAGAAGUGGAACGCGAUGGUAAAGAAGACGACUCUGUAGAUAAAGAAGGUGAAGUUUGUGAAGAACGUAGAGUUGAGGUUAAAAUUGACAAUGAAGAUCAAGAAGAGAAAGAAGAAAUCCAUUCUGGAGACCGUGUAACGGUUUCGGAAGAAAUAGGAGGUGAAGAAGAAAUGAUUUCUGGUGAUAAAGGUGAAGAUUUUAAUGCUGAAAGAAUUAUAGUUAAAGAAGAAAUAAAUUCUAUUGAAGAAAUCGAAGAUGAUGCUAUGGAAGAUGCGGAAAUUGAUGUUGAAACGGAAAAAAUUGAAGAAGAAGUCAAAGUGGCAAGUGGGCAUGAGAGUAAUGUAGAAAAAAAUUUAGAAACGCUUAAUAUAAAAGAAGAAAUUCGCGAUAUUAAUACUGAUGAUGACAAAGAAGAAAUAUGUGAAAUAAUUCACAAGAUUUCUUUCAAUGAAGAUACUGAAGAAAAUAUUUCUGAUAAAUUUCUAGUUGUCGAUGAAUUGAUACAUCACAUUAUUGACAAAGACAUUUCUAGUUCUUCAGAACAGACUCCAGAACGUCAGGAUUCACACGAGUCCCGCGAGUAUCAAGACCAGGAAGAAUCUCCACGUGACACAUCAGAGUCAUCAGAAAGCUUCAACCUAAAAAAAGUGAAGGAGAAUACAAAUAUCGAGAUAAAAGAAAUGCAAACUCUUCAAGGAUCUACUUCGAAUCUUGCUGUGCAAGACAAAGUAGCAGGAAGUAAAGAAGAUUUUAUUACAAAAUUGAAAAAUCUUAUCGAUGAUUUGAACCCAGAUGAAGGGGAGAUAAAAGAAGAAUUCACUAGUGUUAUCAAUAACUUGCACUUGAAUUGUAAUGAGUUGUCACCCGUCGAGUCCAAUGAAAUUUUACAGCAGCUCAAGUGCAUCGUCGAGCAAUCUGACUCUGGUGUUCACGAAGAAUCUUUCAAGGCUUCAGAUAAUUUUGAAAUCACUACCUGUGACUCUAGUGGUAGCCUCAAUCGUUCUGAAGUAUUGAAGCAGUUUAAAAAUCGAUUCGAAGAGAUUUUCAAACGCAGCCAAGCUUCAUUGGUUGACGUAAACGAUAAUAUUGAUAACGCCAAUAGUACUGAAUUUUCGUCAUUGAAAGUUAAUAUGCUUGCUAAUGAUCAUGAUGAUGCAGAAGAUAUCAAUGCUGGUGUGUCAGCUGAUGUAGAGGAAGAAUAUGAACGUGAAGAAACAUCAACUGAUGAUACGAAAUCAGAUAACAGUAAAGAGAAGAAUGAAAUUAGUAGCAAAGCUGUUAACUUUUGUAUCAUUGAAUACGAAGGUGAAGGUAAGAAAGUCAAAGAUGGGCAAGACGAGGGCCAAGAAGAAGCUGGAGCCCAAGAAAAUGUUCAAGAAAACUUGAUUGGGAAUUUAAGUGACGGUGAAAAAGAAGCUUUAAGACUCUGGGAAAUGGCUGAAUCCGAAAUGGAACGCAGUUACAAUCACGUCCGUUUUUCUGAAGCUCAUGACACAUCUUUAACUUUCAUAACAUAUGAACCCGUAGAUGAUGUACUAGAUACUGUUACUUUCAAACCACUUGCUCACUACCCCACGCGUCAUGAUCUUCACCUCGAUUCUCUUGACGACGUUCUCAAAGUUCCCAGUAUCGGAUCUAAAGAAGUCAUCGCUCUUUCCACUAUUUCCGAAGACGAGGAAGUCGAUGCCGAUGACAGCGACAUUAUCAUCAACUACAUUAGCUCGCCGACGAGAAAUAUUAAUAACAAUUUACUAAAAGCUGAUAAAGUCGACAGUAUUUGUAGUCUCGAAUCCAUCACAGAAAUCGACGAAUCAGAAGAUGCUGAGAUUUCGUCAAUUGUACAAAUGAAUGAAGAUAUUAAUAACAUUUUAAAUGUGGAUUCUAAUGAUUCUAUAGAAGUUUUAAGUAUCAAAAAUAUUUUCAAUGAGGAUUCUAAUAACUCUGUACAAGUUAUUUACGUAAAUAACAGCAGAAAUUACGAUAUUAAUGUCAUCGACACGGAAAAGAAUUUAGAAAAAUCUGUAAAUAAUUCGGAAAUAAAUAUUUCUUCUUCAAAUAACUAUUUUGGCGACAACGUCAAUGAGUUGAAAUUAACCUCGUCAUCAUUAACAGAAUUUUAUUCUUGCCAAGAUGAAUUAUCAACAAAUCGUGACAGUUUCGAAACAUGUUUUACGUCACAAAAAUCAUCUGUACAAGCUUUAACCCCGCGAAGUAAUGAAGAUGAUUCAUCAAAAUACUCUACCGUUAACAGUGAAACCUACACGAUAAGUGAUAAUGAUAACUGUGAUGCUGAUAAUGAUGAUUGUUUAUCAGAAAUAAAUGAGAUACCUCGCGAUACUAUGUACAAUGCAGAUGUAUCAGAUAACUUAAGAAAGUCUGACUCAUUUUCCGAGAUGAAUUUCAAUGCCUGUGAUACUACGGUUAAUAUGGGUGAUAUUUCUUCACUUAAUAACUCUGAUAAGUCUGAUAUUAAUAUUAUCAGUCCUGGAAAAAAUAUUAAUAGCAGAGAAGAAAUGAAUGAGAAGAAGACUGACAUUGAAGAUGAUAUUAAUCACGUGGGCUGCAAUGGAUGCGGUGAUAAUAAUAUUUCUAAAAAGUCGGAUGCUGAAGAAGAUAUUAAUAAUUACAGUGAUGUUAUUAAUGAUAAAGACACUAAUGAACAUCAUGAUAUUAAUACCGACAGUACGGAAAAAAUAUGCAGCGUUUGUUCGAAGUAUUUUAGUGUUAAUGAUUUAAAAAAUAUAACGAUUGAAGACUUCUGCGACAGUUUGAUAAUCGAUGAGAAUACAAUGGAAUGGAAGUUGCAAAAAAAUGACACGUGUCGUAAUUGUUUGAUGACGAUGUCCAUGGACACGCGUGAUUUCAUACGGCUGGAGAGACAAGUUGUGCAUGAAGAAAAUAUUAAAUGCAAUCUAACCUUAAAUAUAUCCCCUUUAAAAUCCCCGCCGAAGUACGAGGACACUACGCUGUGUAAAGUCGUCAGCAAAAUAACUUUCACGGAUUCAAAUUAUUCGCGUGAUAGUAAUAUCAGUCAAGAUUCACUCGUUGAUUCUUAACGUUCAUUUAUUUUUUUUUUUACUUAUUAGUACAGCCCCUAAUACUUUUAUUACUCACGUUCUUGUUUUAACGUGACCUUUAUUUAAUUAUUUUUAAAAUAAUUAAAGAUCUCAAUCGUUUGUACUUAAUAUUAAUAACGUUAACAUUAAUUAUUUAUUUAUUAAAACUGUUAAUUUAAUAUGCACACGUGAUAUUUAAAUUAAAUUUUAUGUGAUAUCGUACUUAAUAUUAAUCAACAUCAUUAACAGUCUUCAUUAUUUCAUUUAAUGGAAAACAGUUUGCUUUAUGUUACUCUGUUAUUAUUUAUAUUUCUUCUUUCUGUAAAAAAUAUAAUGGUAAUUUAUUAUUAUUAUUUUUUACAAACUUUC